AUGUUAGAUGAAUGGUGUGUUAGGCUUCCAUUUAAAUCCAAACAUGAAAUAUAUUCUUAUUAUCAAAUAUUGAAGAAGAAUUUAAAUAUAUUAAAAAGUUCCAAGAUGAAGAAACAUGGUGGGAUUAUGUCGAGGAUCGAGUUGCCAAUUGCAUAUGAGAUGGAUGAAUAUUUUAUUGAUCUAGAAGAGCAUAUGAGUGAAAGAGUACGAAAUGAGUUUGAACAAGCCAAAUAUAAUGAGCCGGAUGACAAUGAUUUGAUAUCUAUUGAAAAUUGGGAGAAAAGAUGGUUGACGAUGUAUUCGAGGACGCAUAUAGAGGAGUUACAACCUCCAUGUAAGCUAGCAUUACCUAUAUCAGAUGAAGCAUAUGAUUAUUUGAAAAAUUGCUGUUAUAAAUAUUUGGAAAAACUUUUAAACGUGACAAUACUGAUGGUUAUGAAUAAGAGGAGUAUACCCAAGGAUGAAACAGGUAAUUUGGUUAAGAACAAAGAUCUUAAUCUUGAUGAAGAUGAGAAUGGCGAUAUGGUAAUUACAUACAACGAUUCAAAAAGUGAUAAAUAUCUUCCUCAUGUUAUCAAAAAGGACGAUGUCAACAAAUCCAUAUUACUUUUAAAACAAGAAUAUCAAAAUAUACCUACUUUUGGUGAAAGCAUAUUAUCAACACUACGCAAAUUUCAAAUCCAAUACGAAUUAAAAGGUAAACUUUUCAAAACCAACGAAAUAGCAAGAUCUAUGAUACCAGCACUAAUAUUCAACACACUUGCAUCAAAUACUAUUGCAGAACCAGAGCAAGAAUUUGAGCAACCAAUAAAUAUCCCAAAACAACAGCAACAGCAACAACAACAACAAGUCUACCAUCAUCCACUAAUCAAGAGACUAUACAAACUCAACAACCAGAUGACAAAAGCAGUCAAAAGAUCAAGAGAUAACGAACAAAUUGAACAGAAUGAACAAAAUGAACCCGAUUAUCAAGACUAUGAUACAGAAACAUCAUUACCACCAUUCAAGAAACAAAUAAUCGAAAACUUUAUUGCUGACGACAGCUUCAACAGAAUCAAUAAUCCAUUGGAAUUCGAAAUAUGCGACUGGGAAACAAAUUUAAUGGAACAGUCAGAUAUGAAUAAAUCAGCAAUGUACCAACAUGCAAUAUUAAAUUAUUUAUCUACUGAUGAUACUGAUAAUUCGGAAUUGAUUACCAUUACAAACGAUAUUGAUAAAACCUCAUUAGAAUGUCCAUUACCGAUAACUAAAUUGAUGUCAAGACAGUUUCUCUUUGAUAACUCAUAG